CGAAAGCGGCCGAAUUCCCGGAGCCUGGAUCCCGACUCGAAACGGCAACACAAUUAAACGAUCGAGAUUUAACGAGGGGAGAACUUGUUGCAAUUUUCCUGGAUGCGCUGUACCCAGCAGUAAGCGGUAAAUCGCAGAAUCAAUCCGUCAAAUAGCGACAUAACAAACGGCGGGGCAUUUCGCCCUCUCUAUCUAACUAGUAACGGCCCACUAUCGGGACUGUCCUGCCGCUGCUGACGACGACUAGGGCCACGACGACGGCGGCAGUGGCACCUUAAAACGCUCUUAGUCGCUCAUUUCCGAGAAAAAUCAUCACCCCGGUGCGGCGGAACGACGGUGAAAAACGAGCCCCAAAGCCGUGUGUCUUUGCUGUCCGGAUCGACCACGUGUUCUCUGUCUGUUUUCAUUCAAGCCGAACGACAAAGGACGGGCUCAGCCAUUCGUAUUGAUUUUUCGGGACAAACGGCCGCAUAAAAAACUUGUUGAUCGGGUCCGGUGGCGCGCGAGCGAUUUUUCCCUCCAACAUGACCGACUCUCCGGACGAGCCUCUCAAUUUAACGGUGAAGAAGAUGCCCAUCGCUAUCGUGGCCCCCUUUUCACGAACGGAGCCCCCCAGCGAAAAAGCUCAGGACGAAUCGGCAGACGAAAGACUGGAUUUCAAGUGGGAACAGGACAUUAACGAACUUCCUCAAGACCUAUCGCUAAAAAGCAAGUCGCCCGACAUAACCAAAAACACUAACGCGCACAGGAACCUCAAUCCCAGCGAACAACUACGGAACUACCUGCUAAAAAAGGAAGAGCCUCACAAUUUAUACAGUAGGAACGUUUACAGUCCGAGUAAAAAAGACAGCAACGAAGAUCUACCUUCUACGGACCCGUAUUCAUUCAUGAACUCCUUAGACAAUAAAUUUCUCACUGCCUGGUACAUGAAUUCUUUGCUAUCACAUCAACAACAACAGGCCAGGCAAUUCUUAAAUUUUUCAUCGCAUUCGAAUCCGUCAGAGUCGCUUGAAAGCAAGACCAGCACCGCGUCUUCAAAUCGGAUUUUAAAUAAUCUGCUCGAGAAAAAGCCGUAUACGACUUACAAAUUUCCCAGCGGAUUCGACGCUUUGAUUAAGAACGAAAUGGAGGGUGAACAGACUGAAAUUCCCGCCUCAGGAUCACAAGACCACAAGAACAACGUUGAUGGCAAAAACAAUCAGGAUAAUGAAAAGAAGAAGCCCCACAUCAAGAAACCCCUGAACGCUUUUAUGUUGUACAUGAAGGAGAUGCGCGCCAAAGUGGUUGCCGAAUGUACACUGAAAGAAAGUGCUGCCAUUAACCAGAUUCUGGGGCGACGGUGGCACUCGCUGAGCCGCGAGGAGCAGGCCAAGUAUUACGAGAAGGCGCGGCUCGAGCGUCAACUGCACAUGCAGCUGUACCCGGGCUGGAGCGCAAGGGACAAUUACGGUUACGGCACCAAGAAGAAGAAGCGAAAGAAAGAGCGAGCACCGAUCGAGUCGGGAGGUAACAGUAUGAAGAAAUGUCGAGCAAGAUACGGUUUAGAUCAACAAAGCCAGUGGUGCAAACCUUGCAGACGCAAAAAGAAGUGCAUACGAUAUAUGGAAUCAGGGGACCCCAACGACGGUAACCAAUCCGACGACAAUCUAGGAAGUUGCGGUAGCAUGGGCGACGCGCACACGCCGCCCGACGACGACGCCGAGAGCUUCAGCCAGUCCAUGUCGAGUCCCGGAGGCCUCUCAGCCCUGAGCAGCCUCACCAGCCCAGGCGGCAUGGUGCUGCCCAGCCCCUCGACCAGCGCCGCUAGCCCCUCGGUGAGCGUGGCCAGCCCCUACAUGCAGAGCCCGCUCACUCCUCACGACGGCUUCGACGUCAAGCUGCCGCCCCCCCAGCUGCACCACCCGUCGCCGCGGAACCCCGUGGGCACGAACCCGCGCGACGCGAACAAUCCUCUCAGCGUGAACCAGUUGACGGGGCAGUGCGUGCGCAACGAGUCGGCCGAGGGGGGCAAAGAGACGGCCCGCUCCAUCAUCAGCGUCACGUAGCCCUCGGCCGUGGGGGGCCGAGCCUCGCGCGCGCCUCGCUACCGCGCAUGUCGAUCUCACUGGACAGCGGUGCUCGAACGCACCACCACCGGGCGAUUUUUUUUACUAUGUAACAUAAAUGUCAUUUGCCAAAACCACCUCUACUACAUAAUAUAUAUUAUAUUAUACAUAUUUAAAUAACUAUUCUUUUGUAUUCUUCCGUAGUUAGUUUUCUUUCGUUUUUGGAUAUUGUAACUCAUGAUUGUGGUUGAUAUUUGAUGCUUACUUUCAAAAUGAUCAUUUUAUCAUUUUUGCUGAAGUUUUUGGAAACCUUUUUUUGUUGUUUUUUAAUGCAUUUGUAGUCAAAGUAUUCGACUGUCAAUUUUACUGAUUGGGGCAUAUAUUGUAAUAGAUAUAACAAAUCAUAUUUCUUAACACUUAGGACUUAAUAUAUUUUGUGACGAUAUAUUAGUUCAAGUAGAUGCUUUUUAUAAUCUCUUUUCUAAAUGAUUAUAUCUUACUUAAAACUUUCUAGAAUCAGGCUUGCUUUAUAUUAUUAUUGAAGGGGUGGGGGGGGGGAGAAUUAAGAGGGCGCUGCUGUAGCAAAAUUUCUACAUUUAAAAGAAGCGUCAAAAAUUUUUGUAAUGGGAAAUAAUUAGAUAUAGAUAAAUAUGCGAUUUCUGAAGACGUGUGUUGCCACUCCUUUUUGACUAACUUCACUUUAUUUAUAACCGAUAAACUCAGUUCGAUACUUUAUUGCUUAUUAACGCCACUGUGGUUAUUUAAUGAACCUUUAUUUUCCACCUUUAGGUGACUACCAUUGACGUAACUACAGUGGUGCCUGGGGAUGCCGGGCCCCCCAGGUAUUGCUGAACGCCCCCCAGAGAAAUCCUGAAUUAUGACUCUUGGCUACAUAUUAAUUUUUAUUUGCUCGUGAUGUAGUAAAAAUGACGUGUUUCUAGUUUUGUUUAGUUAAUAUUAUUUU